AUGGGUGUCCCUUGGGCCUCUUCCCGGGAGAACAGCUGCGGCCUGGCCAACCUCACCUGCGCACCAGAAACCUGCGGGCCCUCCCCGCCGCCCGCAGCAGCAGCAGCAGCAGGAGCCAGGCGGCCUCGCCCGCGCGCCGGGCGAGAUGCUGGCGAGAACUCUCGUCAGUGGUCGCAGAAGCAGGGCGAAGCAGUCCGGCAGUGCCCGGCGCAGCGUUGCUAUGCCCCUCUCGCUAUCGCCAUCCUGGCCGAGCAGCCAAUCCAGGAGCGCCGAUCAAUGCCGUACCGCGUCCUCCUCCUCGUGUUUCCCCCAAACAGCAACCCUGAAGGCCUGCUUUGCUGCACCCUCCUGUGCUUUGGGGGAAGAAGUCCUAGCUGUCACUUUCUGCUCCUUGACCAGCUCCUUUUUCUUCCCUCGCCAGGCUACCAGGUGACGGUGCUGGUACGGGACCCUGUCCGGCUCCCCCCAGAGCUCCAGCCUGCACAAGUGGUGGUCGGAGAUGUACUGAACCGGGCAGACGUUGAUCGAGCAGUGAAUGGGCAGGAUGCUGUAAUCAUCAUCUUGGGCACCCGCAACGACCUCAGUCCCACAACAAUGAUGUCUGAAGGCACCCGAAACAUUGUUGCAGCCAUGAAAUCCUGUGGCAUCCGCAAGGUGGUGGUGUGUCUCUCAGCUUUCCUGAUGUGGGACCUGGACAAAGUUCCUGCUAAGCUGCGGCCGGUGACAGAAGACCACAUCCGGAUGCAGCAGAUCCUGAAAGAGUCGGGACUGGACUGUGUCUAUGUCAUGCCACCCCACAUUGCAGGUGACCAGCCCCUCACUGGCGACUACACUGUGACCAUGAACACCUCGAGCGGCUCCCGAGUCAUCUCCAAGCAUGACCUGGGGCACUUCUUUCUCAAGUGCCUGACCACAUCCGAGUAUGACGGGAAGAACAUCUAUCUCUCCCGGCACUACCCCAAGGAAUGAGCCCUACGGCCUUGCCACCCCCUCCUCCAGCCAGAUGUUGGAAGUCGCUGUCUCGGAUGGAUCGGCCCCCACCCCUCGCGCUACUGAGUGCCUUCCUCCCCGUUGCAGGAAAUCCAGGAGGGCAGCAGAUCCCCCACGAGCCCCACCUCAGGCAGACCAGCUGCAAGCAGCCCCUGUGUGCUGACGCUCUCCUGAAUUCAGACGCAGCUGGGUGUGCCCUUGCCCCUUGUGUGUUUGUGCCAGAGUUCUGGUCUGCAGCUUCCUCCCCUGGGUGGAAAGGAAUCUUUGGGCAGCAAAGAUUUUUGCUGCAGUCCCAGGAAAGCCUUUACUUAGAACCAAACUAGUGGAAUGCGUUAGCCAAGCCCCUUCUAUCAGCAGAGAGGAGGUGUGAUGCAGAAGCCACUUUUAAAACGAUGUAUCUACCUAGAAAGUGGCUAAUAAACAAUCCUGUCUGAAGUACUAAAAGGUUGGAAUGGAAGUAACUAAGUAUCUCCAUAUUAAUAUUAACCUUCCUCCUGUGUUGCUGAGAAAGCUUGAUUCGUUUUGAUUCUUGCAAAGUUCUGUGUAACUCGAAAGCAUACAAAGCAUAAGCCCCUAAUGAAAUAAACAUUGAUCUAUUGGGAUGGUAA